AAUGAGGAACUUUUCCGGUUUGAAAAAGCGAAUACAGUGGCAGGGAAGAGAGAGUGCGUCACUGCAGAGGAAAUUCUAUUUGAAUUAGUAGAAUAAAGAGUCACUGUAUUUGUUUCUUCCAGAAAAUAAUAUAGUUUCACACAAGGGCGAAAAGAUCGAGAAAACAUGGUGAAGAUUGUUUGCAACACGGCGUUAAUGCAGAAGGGCCUCGCGAAAGAAGCGGAAGGCUUGGUGCCUGAAAAGGAUCCUGAAACUGCAGCUGUUUACACCAAUGAAAACUCCACUGGAAGAUGCUUGUUGACUCUUUUGGGCCUUGCAUUUAUUCUGACUGGGCUCAUUGUUGGUGGUGCCUGUGUAUAUCGAUAUUUUAUUCCUAAACAUAAAGUUUAUCAUGGAGGAAUGCACUAUGCUGAACAGGGCAACAUUAAACCACUGAAUCUGGAAACAAGAGAGCCCUAUUAUUUGCCCGUGAUUGAUGAAGAGAUGGAAAUCAGAGACAAUGUUGCAAUUAUCAAAGUUCCUGUACCCCGUUUUGCUGAUACUGACCCAGCGGCCAUUCUGCAUGAUUUUGGCAGGAAACUGACUGCCUAUCUGGAUUUAAAGCUGAGUAAUUGCUAUGUUAUCCCACUGAAUACUUCUGUGGUUAUGCCUCCUCGGGAUUUACUGGAUCUCUUUAUUGAAUUAAUGACUGCAUCCUAUAACACCUAUUUGAUUCAUGAGGAUCUGGUGGUAACUGAAAGAAUUGAUGAUAUCACAGAGCUGGGCUUCUAUAUUUAUGAGCUCUGUGAAGGUAAAGACACAUACAAAAUGCAACGCAGAAGUGAGAUUAUAGGCCUUCAGAAGCGAUCUGCUCCAAACUGCUUAAAGAUCAGACACUUUGAAAAUAUCUUUGUGACAGAAACGAAUAUCUGCAUGGCUUAAACUGAAAAAGGAUGAAGUAACACAUUCUUAAUUUGUUCUCGAGAAGGGAAAGUGAUAUUUGAUGUGGUAAAUAAAAUGUUAGCUAUGUUUAGCUGUUAAAAUCAGAGCUUUUUAUUUUUAAUUGUGCAUUCAAGUACCAGCAGAAAUUCACUCUUUAAGCUUCUGUGUUCACUAAUACAGUCAGUAGAAAAUAUAUCUAUAUUAUGUAUUAAUGUGGUUAUAUCAUCACCUCAGAGUUAAACAUUGGUCAACCAGUCCAUCUAAUCUGUAACCACUUUAGUUCUCAUGCUUAGACAAAACUUUUUACUGUUAAACAGUAAUAUUUGUGUUGUAAUCUAAUGUGUUUCUUAGUACUGUUUUAAUGUGUGUAUCACAGCUCUAAUGCGUUCCUGGACCGUAGCAGCUUAAAGUGAUAUAUAACUGUUGGUGAAGGAGCCUUUUAUAUUUUGUUUUUGGUUUGUUUAGUUUCGGGUUAGCAUUGUGAAGGUUUCUGUUUUAUAUUUUAUCCAGACACUUGCUUUAAACUAGAAUAUUUCUGUGUAUUAGUAUGUUAAAUCUGGAAGAUGGUAUUAUCAUCUUUUUUCCUAAGCAUGUUGAAUGUCAAUGUGCCUUGUCAGGUUAACAGUCCUUUCUCCCUUCAAUUUAUCUGUGAUGAUAAAAAAAAUUAAUCUUAACGUUGAUAUUUGUUUAUAAUAAAAUGCAUUUUUGAGUAUAUUUUCCAAUGCAGUUUUCAUCCACUUUGUUUCUAAGAAUGCAAAAUUGUUGGAGCAACGGUAUGCUAUACAGAUUGUUUUAGUACCCGGGACAAAAGAAAAAGAAUGCACAUGUUUCCAUGCACUUUGUAAUCAAAAUAUUCAUUCUUAAUGUCAUUAAGUAGGACAAACCAAAACAAGUAACUGGAAUUAGUUAUAAUCUGUAUAAUUAAGAUUUAACACAUUGUUAGGGACCUCAUUAGCAAAUUCUGAAAAGUACACAUCACUUUUGAAGUUUAUCGUGUACAGUAUAUGUGAUCUAUUCCUCACAGUUCUAACAAAAGUAACAUUCACUUGAGUAGUAACAAUGAGGUUAUCUUUUUUUGUUACAAUUACUAAACUACUGAUUGUGAAGUAGACUUCAUUAGAAUGGUUGCAUUAAUGUAGGUAAGAAUAAUUGGGUUGAAGCAGUAAGUCAGCAUCAGUCUGGCAUUCUGUUUAACUUUUUAUAGUCGGUUAGAUGCGGUUUUCAAGGGGAUCCAAUGAAUGGUUUAUUGUUUAUUCAGAAUGUUGUGCUGAUUUUGGAUGAAAAAGAUAUUUUCACUUAAUCUGUUAAAAUAUCUGUUCUGGGCAUUAAAUCAGAGACUGCCUGUGCUGAAUGUGGAGCUGUCAGUUCAGAUGUUCUGAUUCAGACUCCCUGCAUGGCGCUUCAAUGAAUUUACCUAAAUUACUUGGGGUUGGGAUCAGAAUUAUUUUUACAAAGUUUUAGCUAGAAGCCAGGGAUUACUGCUAAAGUAUUUUUGUACCUGUCAAUUCUGUUUAAAAGUAUUCUGAGACUUGUGCUUACUAGGGUAUAUUGUAAUUUUAUAUACUCUAAUAUAAAAAAUUAUUUUUGAGUUUGUAGAUAUAAUAAAUGGUUUUAGCUCCUUACUCUUGAAUCCUCACAAAAAGAACUUGUUUUUAAAACAGUAAAAUAAGAGUAAUAUUUGUUCAAUUGUUUAUGUAGUUACUUUGCUAAAUUUUAAUUCUUAAUGACUGUAUAAGCAUUAAACAUAUUUUGGCUAUGAUUACACCAAAAAUUUUUAAACUGAUAGGUGGAAGUAUGUUUUCAUCAUUGAUUCAGCAGCUGUAAAAGAAAUGCACAUUCACUUUGUUAUAUUUUAAAUAGAAUUUUACUUACUGGAGUGUUUUUUUUUUUUGUUUUUUUUUAUAUAUAUAUAAAUGUUAUUUUUAGUUUUUGGCAUAGUGAGUACUAUAGCUUUACAGUGCAGCAGUUGUGGGUGUUCAUUAUAUUUGCUUAAAGGUUAAUUAUGGCCAAGUGUUAAAUGUCAAAUGUGGUAAGGCUUCUUGACAAUAGAUGUAGGCCUUACUUGUUUUAAAGAGCACCUUGGUGUUUUGAAUUCUGCAUUCAAAUAUAUGUCCUAAUUCCUGAACGUUGUGAUGUUUAAAGCGGUUAUCUAGUGCUGCAUCAAUACCCACUUCACUUAAAAUAAGAUUAUAAUAAAAUUCUAAAGCUUUAAUAAUCUGCUGCAUUUUAGAGUUAGCAGCUUUUUUUAUCCUAGACAUUUGCCAGCAUAAUUCCAUUGUGUAGGUGAAGAACUGGAUCAGGGUAGCGUUGUCAUGUGCUUUUGGUUAUUAGACUCCUCGUUUUAGAGCCAAAUGUAAUGCGCUAAAAAUCAUAACCUGUGGUUGAACAAGCUUUGAGAAGAUCAAUCAAUUUGGAGUUGCAGGGUUGAAACUGUGAAUGUUUUAAUCAUAUUUGAAAAACUAAUCCAUAAAUGAUGUACAUCUUUUGAGUAACUGAAAAGAAUACUGCUUUGUAAACCACUCGAUUAAUUAAAUUGUAUUUCAUUUAUUUCCAAUUAAAUGCAUUUCUUUAAAGACAA